CUGUUUUCUCAUCUCAGUGAAUGGCCGCAUCAUCUAUCCGGUAGCUCAAGCCAACAAUCUAAGCAUCAUCGGUGAUAACCUCCCUCUUCUUCUUCCUCCCAUAUUAUAAUCCAUGGCCAAGCCCUGUCCAUUCCACUUCCUAAAUAUCUCUGGAACUCACGCACUUCUCCAUCUCCACCACCAUAUUCAUGCAGUCAUCUCUUGCUUAAACUAUUGCAAUGAUUUCCUAACUGUUCUCCUACUGUUGUACAAUCUAUCAUUGGCCACAAGGAAGGGUUUCCUGUCUUUUUUGUAUUGGUUGAGACUAAGCAGAUUAUAACAUUCCUAAGUAUAUUCAAACUGGACAAAACGAAGUGGCUCAGGGGUGUUUUCACCUGGGGGAGGAAGCUGGAUGUCAGAAACAACCCCUUGGGAUUAACAGCAGGGAAGUUUGGCUUCUUGCCGUUUACCAAGUAGGUCAUUUACCGGAAUCUUGGAGGCAACCAAUAAUUCGGCAAAUAACCUGGUCAGAGAAUACUUCCCCUUUUCUGAGUGUAAGAUACUACGUUAGGAGGUGUGGCAAAGUCCCAAAGGUCAGUGCCACGAAUGUCUAAGAGAAGAGGUAGAACACUUUUUAGGGGCGGGGUCUUCAUGGGUGUUUAGAACUCAGAUGUCAGAGGCUGCAGGGACAUCUCAAGAGAAGGCAUCAUUGUGCGAAAAGGCCUGGAGGUGUGAAUGCCCACGGCAGCCGUCACAGAAUUAGUCUGGAGUCAGGUAAAGUGAAUGCUGAGGACAGGAGUUUGAUGACCCAGACCACUGAAUUUUUUUGUUUGGAGGACACGUUAUGAACCCUUUCUGGAGCAUGUCUACAAGCUCUGUACGCAAGCGAUCUGAUGGUGAAGAGAAGACGUUAACAGGGGACGUGAAAACCAGUCCUCCACGCACUGCUCCAAAGAAACAGCUGCCUUCUAUUCCCAAAAAUGCUUUGCCCAUAACUAAGCCUACAUCUCCUGCCCCAGCAGCACAGUCAACAAAUGGUACACAUGCUUCUUACGGACCCUUCUACCUGGAAUACUCUCUUCUUGCAGAAUUUACCUUGGUUGUGAAGCAGAAGUUACCAGGCGUCUACGUGCAGCCAUCCUAUCGCUCUGCGCUAAUGUGGUUUGGAGUAAUCUUCAUACGACAUGGACUUUAUCAAGAUGGUGUGUUUAAGUUUACAGUUUACAUCCCUGAUAACUACCCGGAUGGGGACUGCCCUCGUUUGGUGUUUGAUAUUCCCGUCUUUCACCCGCUAGUUGAUCCCACCUCAGGUGAACUGGAUGUGAAGAGAGCAUUUGCAAAAUGGAGGCGGAACCAUAAUCAUAUCUGGCAAGUAUUAAUGUAUGCAAGGAGAGUUUUCUACAAGAUUGAUACAGCCAGUCCCUUAAACCCAGAGGCUGCAGUACUGUACGAAAAAGAUGUUCAGCUUUUUAAAAGUAAAGUGGUUGACAGUGUUAAGGUGUGUACGGCUCGUCUGUUUGACCAACCUAAAAUAGAGGACCCCUAUGCAAUUAGCUUUUCUCCAUGGAAUCCUUCUGUACAUGAUGAAGCCAGAGAGAAGAUGCUGACUCAGAAGAAGAAGCCUGAAGAGCAGCACAAUAAAAGUGUUCAUGUUGCUGGCCUGUCAUGGGUAAAGCCUGGCUCAGUACAACCUUUCAGUAAAGAAGAGAAAACAGUAGCAACCUAAGAGGUGGUCAAUCUGGUGCACCGUGCACUUUCCUGCUGGACUCUGGCCUAGUUAAACCUGACCAAUGGCAAAGGACUGCCUGAAGAGUAAAACUGUGUGGACAGUGACUGAGAUCAGUGUUUUCCAUGUACGCUUAGGUUCGAACAGCAGGGUUUGGAAACUUGUCUUUAAGUAAUGCAUUACUUCUGUCAGAAGUGUCUUUAGGGUGUUAUCUAGUUCAGUACUCCAAAUUGUUGGGGACCUUGAGACUUAAAUAUUUUUCUGAACAUAAUGCUAAAGGUAAGUUGCAUUCGUUUAAGCUAAUACUAGAGUAGGCAGAGUUCAACACUACUUACUGGUUUUUAAUCGGUGGUUUCAGGUGUACAUAUGUUAGGAUGUGGAGAGAGCAAGUCCCAUAGCUCAGCACUUUGAAAUGCAGUCCCAGCCUACUGUCUUAUUGAUAAACUGCUGUCACUGAGGUACAUAAUAGUUGAGGGAGAGGAAAGCAGACACCUCGUGGUUUUUUUUAAAGCAGAUUACUUAUGUAUUUUUAUGGCGGGAGGGAGAAAAAGUGUUAAAACGGUUUCUAAUGAAGUCAGAUAUUUAAAUGAUGAAUGACUAAUGUGUUUGGUAGAGACAAAAUAAACUAAUAAAUGAUUGUUCUUUGUCAUUUAUGCAGGAAACUAAACACCCUUCCCUCGAUAUAACUAAACAGAUUAAUUUAUAAAUGCUUUAUUGAAAAAUACACUUAUUUUCAUAUAAAAUUACAGUAGCAGUAAGUAUCUUAAGAGCUUUCAUAAAUAUUUCUGUAGAACACUAUUCUAAUUGAACAGUGUAAGGUCCAUAUUUCUUUCAGAGCAAUAUGAAGUUACCUAGUAACUCUGCUUAUACUGAUUCAAUUUACAAUUGAAUUUUCUCCCUAAUAAGACUAUUAAUUCAACUUUAAAACCGCUGGGAAUAGGAGUGAUUAAUAAAGGUACAGCUGUUAAAUAACAUUUUCUAAUUUGUAUAAAUGGUACUAUGUACUAAUGAAAACCUAAAUUCUCCAAUCUAUUUUAACUGCCAGGAACAUAGCCAAAAAUAUCUUAAAAUACAUCACCUUAAUAGACACGUCUUUUGGAUAACUACCUCCUAAAGGAAGCGUCAUAAUUUUUCACAUUAAUACCCUCAAUUCAACUUGAUUUAGAAUCUUGACUUAGCCAGCUGAUCCCUAUAUAACAGCAACAGAAACUGGAGAAUUCAAAACACAUGCCCAAAAGGUGGCUACUGGGGCUUUAACAGUAAACGUUUUUAAAAAAA